CGAUGCUCCCCACACCACACCACACGGCACACGCCCGCCUCGCCGCGACCACUCCCACCCCUACCAGGUCGCCACCAUGGCCGCGCUCCUCCCCUCCUCUUUCCCCUUCCCCCACGCCUCCUUCCCCAACCCCAAGCCCCACCAACUCGCCACCCCCGCCGCCGCCGCCGCCACGAGGCCCGAGUCACCCAAUGCGUCCCCGGCGCCCAACCCGGCCAGCGCCCGCCUCCGCCGCCUCAUCGCGCGCGAGGACCUCGCCGGGGCCGCGCGCCUCGUCGAGCGCUCCGCCUCCCGCGACGGGGAGCCCCCCGACGUGUACCUCUGCACCAAGCUCAUCCGCAACCUCUGCCGCCGGGGGCGCACCUCCGACGCCGCGCGCGUGCUCCGGGCCGCCGAGACGUCGGGCUCGCCCGUCGACGUCUUCGCCUACAACACCCUCGUCGCGGGGUACUGCCGCUACGGCCACCUCGACGCCGCGCGCAGGCUCAUCGCGUCCAUGCCCGUCGCGCCCGACGCGUACACGUACACGCCCCUGAUCCGCGGCCUCUGCGACCGCGGCAGGGUCGCCGACGCGCUCAGCCUGCUCGACGAUAUGCUCCGGCGCGGGUGCCAGCCCAGCGUCGUCACCUACACCGUGCUCCUCGAGGCCUUGUGCAAGAACAGCGGGUUUGGGCAGGCCAUGGCGGUCCUGGACGAGAUGCGUGUCAAGGGAUGCAUGCCCAACAUUGUUACCUACAAUGUCAUCAUCAAUGGCAUGUGCAGGGAAGGCCGUGUUGAUGACGCUAGGGAGCUCUUGGACAGGUUGUCCUCUUACGGAUUCCAGCCUGACACUGUCAGCUACACCACCCUCCUGAAGGGCCUGUGCGCUGCUAAGCGGUGGGACGACGUUGAGGAGCUCUUUGCUGAGAUGAUGGAGAGGAACUGCAUGCCGAAUGAGGUGACUUUUGACAUGCUGAUUAGAUUCUUUUGUCGAGGAGGUAUGGUGGAGCGAGCGAUUCAAGUUCUUGAACAAAUGACAUGGCAUGGAUGCUCAGCCAACACUACCUUGUGCAAUAUUGUCAUUAACUCUAUUUGCAAACAAGGCCGAGUUGACGAUGCCUUUAAGUUCUUAAAUAAUAUGGGUUCCUAUGGGUGCAAUCCAGAUACCAUUAGCUAUACUACGGUGUUGAAGGGCUUGUGUCGUGCCGAACGAUGGGAUGAUGCCAAGGAGCUUCUGAAAGAGAUGGUCCGAAAGAAUUGUCCCCCAAAUGAGGUGACAUUCAAUACAUUUAUCUGCAUAUUGUGCCAAAAGGGGUUGAUAGAGAAAGCUAUUAUGCUUAUUGAGCAAAUGUCAGAGCAUGGGUGUACUGUGGGUGUUGUCACAUACAAUGCUCUUGUUAAUGGAUUCUGUGUGCAAGGACGUAUUGACAGUGCCCUAGAGUUGUUUCGAAGCAUGCCCUGCAAACCCAAUACCAUCACAUAUACUACUUUACUGACAGGCUUGUGCAACGCCGAACGGUUAGAUGAUGCAGCAGAACUCAUAGCUGAGAUGCUUCGUAGAGAUUGCCCUCCAAAUGCAGUGACUUUCAAUGUUCUUGUGAGUUUCUUCUGUCAAAAAGGAUUUCUUGAGGAAGCAAUUGAACUCGUUGAGCAGAUGAUGGAACAUGGUUGCACCCCUAACCUGAUUACAUAUAAUACAUUACUGGAUGGGAUCACCAAGGAUUGCAGUUCAGAAGAUGCCCUGGAGUUGUUGCAAGGCUUGGUCAGCAAGGGAGUUUCGCCAGAUAUAAUUACAUUUUCUUCAAUCAUUGGUGUCCUCUCAAAAGAAGAUAGAGUUGAAGAGGCCAUUCAAAUGUUUCACGUAGUGCAAGAUAUUGGAAUGAGACCCAAAGCUGUGGUGUAUAACAAGAUACUACUUGGGCUCUGUAAAAGAUGUGAAAUAGAUAAUGCUAUUGACUUUUUUGCCUACAUGGUAUCUAACGGAUGCAUGCCCAAUGAAUCAACCUACAUUAUACUUAUUGAAGGCCUUGCUCAUGAGGGUUUGUUGAAGGAGGCCCGAGAUCUACUGAGCGAGUUGUGUUCAAGAGGAGUUGUAAGCAAGAACUUAAUAGAAGAGUGGCAAUAAGGUUGAAGAUCAAGCUGGGCAUACCCUUUUAGUCAUGAUGAAUCAGAGCACUAAGUGCUUAUUCGUUAUCCACAGUAAAGCAGAUUGAUGGCUGCCUUCUGUGCUUCAUGUAGAUGGUUGUUUGAGGGCCCAUAAUCUCGUAUGAAGGAAUCAUGACAAUGAACCUUACUUCGAAGUGUCAAGACUCAAGACCAACGAGACCAAGAAAUGAAUCCGGAGUAAAGCACAAGCAAAGAAGUUUGGUGUUCAUAGAUUUAUACUGUGGCAGUAAAGAAUACAAUCCACUUUUUUUACUUGACACUUUUGAGUUUUCAACUAACACAUUGACUUGUUAAUCUGUAAUGCAUCAUGCUUGUCUUCAAUGAUUUUGGGCUUUUCUUUCAUGAGCUAUGGGUAUGUGUCCUGUUGCUUUUCCCUCCAGGGCUGUGUGAGACAGUACCUUCUAUUUUUAUUUCAUUUGCCGUUCAAGAGCGCAGAUGACAACAUUCCUCACUGAAUAAUGUUUUUACCCAGGUUUCUGUAACUUAAAAUUGGCUUGUCAAAGAAUUAUUGGAAUAUAAUGUCGUCUGGAUGCCCUUUUUUGACUUUAAACAGGCAGGUGUGCUCUUACGAUCUUCGUCAUCGAGAAUUUGUAUGCUGUGAUUGCUGGCUAUGAUGGAGAUGUGAGAAACUAAUUUUAACAAUUCAAGAUGCAACAGACCCAAGCAAGUGGGUGGAGGAGAAAGGAGAUCAGGGACCUAUUCUGCAGGAUCUAGUGUUAUCUUGCAGGUACUGAGGGAGACAUGGGUGUCAACGGAGUAAUCUUCAGAGCUGGGUUCUGGAUGCAUCUGCUUUGACGAAGUUCAUUUUCAGCACUGUCAGGAAGAGUAACAAAGUGGCGCAUGACUUGGGCAAGCAUGGCACGGCGCUGGAGAUUGGUGAGAUGAGUGUAUCAAAUGCUGUAUCCAGGGUUUGUACUGAACUUGGUUAUAUUUAAUUUUAAGUCGCAUCCCUAAUGCAGCCUGAAAUCCAACGCGUGAUGUACGGCUGUACCUGCCACUGAAAUGAAUUUAGAAAUUCAUCUUUUUGCUUA